CCCGAAUAUCGGGCUGGGACCGCGCAGCGCGCUCUGAUAGAGCUCGUGUGUGUGGUGGAAAGACCUCACGAAAAGGCAAGUAAAGAACGUCAAACGCAGCGCUGACCGAGCAGCCUCGCGGAGGAGGAAACUGAAGAAAAAAUAUGAACAUGUGAACGGACUGAAAAUGCUGAAGGAUCUUUAUGUUGGGAAAUGUAAUUCUGAAACGAAUCAAAGUAUUACACUAUAAGGAUAUCUGCAAGGACUAUUUACAACUGCAAGCAAAGUGCACAGAAAUAUUUUAUCCAGAUUUUUCAUAAAGAAAAGAACGGGAUUUGUUGGGGGAAUUUGCAUCUCGCCAAGGCAGCAGGCACGGGAUGGACGAUCUGACGAGAGGGAGAGAGGACAGUGAAUGAAGACCGUAAAGAAAAGAACUACCGCCACUUUUUCAGUUUUAUCUGCUGAGUGGAUCUAAAGGUGCUGGACGGCUGAUAGACGGGAAGACAGGGGAAGACAGGGGAAGACAGGGGAAAGGGAGGACAGGGGAAGACAGGGGAAGACAGGGGAAGGGAAGAGAAGUGAGAAGACUUUGUGAGCUGAGGAGGAGACCCGACGUGUAUGUUGGUCACUUGCAGUUGUUGCUGAGACUCAGUCAGACGGACCAUGUGGUUUUUGCCAAGGAGAAACUGUCGCCUCUCCCCUCAGCAGCAGGACCAUGGGGUCUGGCACGGUGCCCACAUACCCAGCGCCAUCUCCAGCCUCAGCAUCACCACGUCUUUCUGGAUCGUAACUUCUUCCUGGUGCUUGGUGGCCGUCCAAAGCCAGUCCUACCACCCCACUGUGAACACGCAGUAUGGGAAACUCCGGGGGGUGAGAGUGCCCCUACCCAGUGAGAUACUGGGACCAGUGGACCAGUAUUUGGGGGUCCCGUAUGCAGCCUCCCCAGUGGGGGAGAAACGCUUCCUGCCCCCCGAGCCGCCCUCCUCCUGGUCGGGGAUAAAGAACGCCACCCACUUUGCCCCCGUUUGCCCCCAGAAUAUUCACAACGCCGUGCCAGAGAUUAUGAUGCCCAUAUGGUUCUCCUUCAGCCUGGAUAUAGUGGCCUCUUACAUACAGGAUCAAAACGAGGACUGUUUGUAUCUAAACAUCUACGUUCCUACGGAGGAUGACAUACGAGACACCGGGGCCAAACCGGUGAUGGUGUACAUCCACGGGGGAUCCUACAUGGAGGGGACCGGGAAUAUGAUCGACGGGAGCGUCCUGGCCAGCUACGGGAACGUCAUCGUGAUCACCCUGAACUACCGCGUCGGCGUACUAGGGUUCCUGUCUACAGGAGACCAGGCAGCUAAGGGGAACUACGGCCUACUGGACCAGAUCCAGGCUCUGAGGUGGAUCAGUGAGAACAUUGGAUACUUCGGAGGAGACUCCAACCGUAUCACGGUGUUCGGAUCUGGGAUAGGAGCAUCCUGUGUCAGCCUGCUCACCCUCUCACACCACUCUGAAGGUCUGUUCCACCGUGCCAUCAUCCAGAGUGGCUCUGCCCUGUCCAGCUGGGCGGUCAACUACCAGCCUGUGAAGUACACCCGUCUGCUGUCUGAGAAGGUGGGCUGUAACGUUCUGGAUACCCUGGACAUGGUGGACUGUCUGAGGAAGAAGAGUGCCAGGGAGCUGGUAGAGCAGGACAUCCAGCCAGCACGGUACCAUGUGGCCUUCGGACCGGUUAUAGACGGAGACGUCAUACCUGAUGAUCCAGAGAUCCUCAUGGAGCAGGGAGAGUUCCUGAAUUAUGACAUCAUGCUGGGAAUCAACCAGGGGGAGGGGCUUCGCUUUGUUGACAACGUGGUCGACUCAGAGGACGGCAUCUCCGGCAACGACUUUGACUUCUCAGUGUCGGACUUCGUUGACAGCCUCUACGGUUACCCAGAAGGCAAAGACACUCUGAGAGAAACCAUCAAGUUCAUGUACACGGACUGGGCGGACCGUGAUAACCCGGAGACACGACGCAAGACGCUGGUCGCUCUGUUCACCGACCACCAGUGGGUGGAGCCGUCGGUGGUGACGGCGGACCUCCACGCCCGUUACGGCUCGCCGACGUACUUCUACGCCUUCUACCACCACUGCCAGAGUCUGAUGAAGCCGGCGUGGUCGGACGCAGCCCACGGGGACGAGGUUCCCUACGUGUUCGGGAUCCCCAUGAUCGGACCUACAGACCUGUUCCCCUGUAACUUCUCCAAGAACGACAUCAUGCUCAGCGCCGUGGUGAUGACAUACUGGACCAACUUCGCCAAGACCGGGGACCCCAACAAGCCUGUUCCUCAGGAUACUAAGUUCAUCCACACCAAGGCUAACCGCUUCGAGGAGGUAGCCUGGUCUAAGUACAACCCCCAGGAUCAGCUGUACCUCCAUAUCGGCCUGAAGCCCCGCGUCAGGGACCACUACCGAGCCACCAAGGUGGCCUUCUGGAAACACCUGGUGCCCCAUCUGUAUAACCUCCACGACAUGUUCCACUACACCUCUACCACCACCAAGGUCCCCCCAUCCGAGACGACCCAGAACUCCCUGUCCACCAAGAAGACGUGGCCCUUCAACACCAAGCGGCCCCCCAUGUCCCCGGCCUACAACAACGAGGAUAAUGAGGCGUGGAACGGAGACGAGGAGACCGGGCCGUUGGUCAUAGAGAACCCCAGGGACUACUCUACGGAGCUCAGCGUCACCAUCGCCGUGGGAGCCUCGCUGCUCUUCCUCAACGUUCUAGCCUUCGCAGCGCUUUACUACCGGAAGGAUAAACGGAGGGAGGCUUCGGCAGGUCACCGGGGUCAACCCAGCCCACAGACCCGCCACGGCCAGGCCAACGACAUCGGUCACCACCAACGUCCCAACGAGGAGGAGAUCAUGUCCCUGCAGAUCAACCAGACGCACCACGAGUGUGAGGCAAUGGGGGUGGGGAACCCGGGGAAUGACGGAGGGCUGCGUCUGGCCUCGCUUCCCGACUACACUCUGACCCUGCGGAGGUCACCGGACGACAUUCCUUUGAUGACCCCCAAUACCAUCACCAUGAUCCCAAACUCUCUGGUGGGGAUGCCCAACCUGCACCCUUACAACACUUUCACAGCCGGGUUCAACUCCACCGGCCUGCCCCACUCCCACUCCACCACCCGGGUAUAGCUUUACGGAGGAGAGGGGGAUGGUGGAGGAGAGGGUGAUGGAGGAGGAGAAGAGGAUUCUGUUUUUAUAAAUAUCACAGGGAAAGGGUUUGGGGGGGGAGAAGGCAGGAAUAAGUGAGUGGGAUUAAAAAGUAAAGAGAUUUAAUGAGACUUUUACUACCAAGAAGAGGACAGAGAGUGUCUGAGAGGAGAGGAGAGCUCACUGCUUUCUGUGCGGAUGUCAAGUUGUGCAGAGCUGCCAAAAUCAAAUUGCUAUUCCUCCCUGCCUCGAUGGGAUGGGGCUGAGGAGGGAAGGGUCCUUUGUGCUGUGUUUUAUUUUCUAAUAAUAAUUUUAAAAGCCUUUUUAAGCAGACUGACAGGGGAAAUUAUCAACACAUUCUUCUUGAAUUCAUAACACCAAGAGAAAAGUGUCUUUGUCUUUCGCGUCUUUGUCUCUCCUGAGGAAGACAGACUUCAAACAAAGGCCUCUACCAGGAAAUCAGCAUCAUUUAAGUCGCUUAUUUUGUUUUGUUUCAAUGCCUUACAAAAGCUUGUCUUGUUUAGAUUUGUUUUAAUCAUUCUUCAUUUCUAUUGUUCCCAGAGACUAUUCCAUGUGGAGUGUGUGAUAUUUUGACUCAAAAGACACAAGUGACUGAAUCAUGAACUGAACUGAACUGGUACCAAGAGUAUCAACUCUACUGCAGUGUUGAAGAUGCAGAGAAUGAAAAAGCAUCUUGGUGCAGCUAGCUUCUCUGUUGCGGACCCACACAACAACUACAGCCACACAGAUGGUGGUAUCUUUUUUAAAAUCUCCCAUAGAGAGGAUUCGUCUGGAAUAGACUCUGCCAUCCCAGAUGACACCACAGAAAUAACAACUAUGUUACUGUGAUUGCUUUGUUAAGAAAAGGAGAAAAAAAGUCCAUAUUUUGCAACCAAUUUAUCUGUUAAGCGAUCUGAUCUUAUCUCUCUCCACAAAGUGUGUACAUUUACGCACACACAUUGCUCAGCGCACCUGUGUGUCGGUGUGCAUAUAAACAUGGUUGUGUGUGCGUGUCUACUUGCAUGUGUGCGUGUGUGCACAUG